UCUGAUUGCCCUGCAGUGCCAACCUCGAGGAGACUCUGCGCUAGUGCCAAGCCUGCCAGACUCCAAUAAAAGAGUGGUGCCAAUCGUAGAGCUCUUUGUAUAUCGAUCCGAGAGUCUCAGCGGUGCCCCAAUUGGCCAAGAGAGCCAUCAUCCGAGAGCCUGAGAGCUCUUGUCACACAGAAGGCGCCGUGGCUGCCUUCGGCGCGUUCGUUGGCUUUCCUGUGCUAGUGACAGCAGCCGGGAUGCCGAUAAUUCGAGUCUUCCUGCAAGGACGAUCGCCCUGGAAUGGAAUCGACUUCCAGCAUCACUAUCGUCUGAGGUGAAGCAUAAGUGUGGAGGUCUAGCUGGGGGCUCGGACUCUUUACCUUUGCCUCAAUGAAGCAAGGGUGUUCAAGGUUCUCAUAACCCCUGGUUCUUUGGCUUGCAUUGAUCACUUAUAGCGUCUUAAAAUUGUCGAAACCCCUCGCUUAGUGUUGAGCCCUUUGAAUGAGCAGUAGCCAGUCAAGAGCUGCGGCAUCGAACGCCACAUGGCCCUGGGAUCGACACAUGGCAGCAAGCUUUCCUGUCUUCAGUUCUGACCAUCUAAUUCUUUUUAAUCCCGCAGAGAAUCAGUGUAAGGUCACUUUCACAUAUUGGUCCUUUAGCGAGCACAGCGUUUUUGCUUCUCGAAGCUCUUCUUCCAUUGCGCAUAUCGUUAUCCUCAGGCCUCUACCGGCUAUCACUGUCGCAUACCCAACAUGGCACAGCCCAAAGAAACCGCCGUACUCACCUCCCAGGUUGACCUGGAGGUCGUCAACCAGAAUCUGUCUGCAGAGAAAAAAGGCACGCAUGAUGACCAGAGGGACAUGUUCCGCAUGGGCAAGGCUCAGCAGUUGAGACGAAAUUUCCGGUUCCUCUCCAUUUUUGGCUUUUCCAUGAUCCUUAUGGCCAGCUGGGAGACAAUGCUUGGGUCAGUCAUCUUGCAGUAGUAAAAUCGAGGAGUCUGUUUUGAUACCUGAUUAGGACAUCCAUAAUCGGUCUCAUUAAUGGUGGAACAGCUGGGCUGAUAUGGAUGUACCUUGUCGCAUGGAUUGGUUUUCUCGCCGUGAACACCUCCAUGGCCGAGAUGGCUUCAAUGGCUCCAACUUCAGGCGGGCAGUAUCACUGGGUAUCCGAGUUCGCACCCAGGAAGUACCAAAAGUUUAUGAGCUUCAUCGUCGGAUGGCUGUGUGUGCUGGGCUGGCAAACUGGUGCAGCCAAUACUGCCUUUUUGGCCGGCACGCAAAUCCAGGGACUCGCGAUUUUGAACUAUCCAGACUACGUUCCCGAACGGUGGCACGGGACACUGUUGACAUUCGCGGUCGCUUCCUUCUCCGUCAUCUUCAACACUUUCCUCGUCAAGAAACUGCCGCUGGUGGAAGGCAUUGUGCUGAUCGUCCACAUCUUCGGCUUCUUUGGCGUAUUGAUCACUCUCUGGGUCCUCGGCCCUCGAGCUAGUGCUCACGACGUCUUCACCCAGUUCAACAACUAUGGCGGUUGGAGCAGCAACGGUCUGUCUGCAGUCGUGGGUGUCCUGGCAGUCAUGAUUCCACUGCUGGGUGCAGAUGGUGCCGUACACAUGUCCGAAGAACUCCGAGAUGCGUCGAGAGUGCUACCACAGAGCAUGAUCGCCACCACGGUCCUCAACGGAGCAAUGGGUUGGAUCAUUCUAAUCACGUUCUGCUCCGUUCUAGGUAACCUCGACGACGUCAUUUCUUCGCCUACCGGACAACCUUACAUCGCCGUCUUCUACACCGCGACCGAGUCAUACGCGGGUGCUUCGGUGCUUUCCGCUCUCGUCAUCUUUAUGGCCAUGUUUUGCAAUCUAUCAAUCACUGCAACGGCUUCUCGUCAGCUUUGGUCCUUUGCUCGUGACCAAGGCAUGCCUCUGUCUUCCUGGUUCGCAUAUGUCCGGCCUGGUUGGGAUGUUCCAAUGAACUCCAUCGUGGUUUCCUGGGUUGUAUCCUGCCUCCUGUCCUUGAUCAAUAUUGGGUCGACCAUUGCGUUGAACAACAUCACCUCGCUUUCCCUCGUGGCCAUCCUGUCCUCCUACAUUGCUUCGACAGGCCUUGUCUUCUGGCGACGCCUGUGCCACCUACCUCUCCUUCCGGCCAAAUUCACUUUCUCCCGAUCGGUGGGACUCUUCUUGAACGGCUUCGCCAUAGUGUUCUUGAUCUUCGCCUUCAUUUUUGCCUUCUUCCCCGCCUCUCUGAAUCCCACAGUCGAGGCGAUGAACUGGUCCAGCCUCAUCUACGGCGCGGUGGUGAUUUUUGCCAUUGUCGACUAUUAUGUCAGGGCUCGUCAUGUGUACGACGGCCCCGUGGAGUAUGUGCGAAAAUUGGAUUAGAUGGAACAAGCGACCUACUGCAAGACGAUCCAUCGCUGCUGUGGAUUGCAGGGGUGGGUGCUCGACACUCGUCGACCAGUCUCAUAAAUGUGAUGUCGUCCUUGGGCACCUCAUGACAAGUCCAACAACUGUUCUGUAUAUAGCGAGACUAGAAAGAAGAAUCCACCAGGUACCACUUGCCUCUUGA